AUGAUCCUGCUUGAUGCCAGCUUCAUUAUCGAGUAUUUCUGGAAAAACAAGACGCUAAACUGGACCGACGGUGACCAAGAAAUAUUAGAGCCGUGGUUGUGCAAUAGGAUGCAGAUGGACUUCAUAUUACUUGAAAAUCAGCUUCCUUUCUUUAUUAUUGAGAAAAUAUAUGACAUUGCAUUUCCAUCUCGCUCAAAAAACAACCCCUUCAUUGGGCUUACCUUUCGCCAAUUCGAAUAUUACAACGUUCAAAUUUCCCAAUAUUCUCCGUCAACAAAAAUAUUGCACUUCACUGACUUGGUUAGAAACUUUUGCAUGCCUCCUAGCGAAAGGCGACCGAAAGGAGAGUCUCAAAAGAUGAAGGAAAUGUACAGUGCAACCCAGCUGGAUGAGGUAGGAUUGAAGUUUAAGAUGAGCAAACCAAGCUCUAAUCUCUCACCUCUUGAACUAAAAUAUGUGGACAGAGUGCUGGAAGUCCCACGCUUUCAGUUAGACGAUACCACGGAGAUUUAUGCUCGAAACCUCGUUGCCUUGGAGAAAUAUCACUAUCCUUAUAAAGAUGAGGCAUAUAUUACUAAUUACUAUACCAUGUUAAGUUUCCUUAUCAAAACAGACAAAGAUUUGGAUGUACUUGUACGAGAGCAGAUCAUCGAUAAUUGGCUGGAUGGCAUCGUGGCAACUUCAAUGAUCAACAAGCUGUCCGGCGAAACACGUUUCUAUAUCAAAAUAAACUCUCAUUAUCACACGAUGGCAGAAGAGUUGAACAAAUUCUAUAUUAGUCCCUGGAAUCUCAUCCCUAGCUUGAAACGUGCUUUAUUUCGCACGAAUUUGGCCGGUACUAUUACCAUAUCUAGUGCUGUUGGGUUAAUCCUCAUUGGGGUUGAAUCUGCAUGCUCUGUUCUAUCGCUUAAGUACUUUUAA